AUUUUAAUAAAAUAAAAUUAAUUUAAUAAUAUAAUUUUAAUAUGAUCCUGAUUUCAAAGCCAACUAACACCUCUUUUCUCUUUCUUUCCUUUUUCUUUCUUUUCUCUUUCUUUCUUUCUCUGUAACACAAACCUCUCUUCCUCUUCUCUUUGUCUGAUUUCCUUUCCAAUCAAACCAGAGAGCGACCGGCGAGCAUAACCUCGCCGGAGAUUCGCCUCUACUCUUCCUGCUCCCUUCAACACCAUUUUUUCUUUCCCUCAACUUCCCAAUUCUCAAACUCCCUCUUCCAAAAAUUCAACAUAUAAAUUUCCAUUUCCAUUUUCUUCCUGCUAAACCAUGCCUCAUAUAGCAAUGUGGAGGAUACUAUGUUUUUGUUCCACCAAACACCCUGAGAUCUCUUGUUUCUGUUGAAUUCCUUAUGUUCUAGACGGUUUUUGAGAUUCACUUUUGUUUUUGUUUUUUUUUUGUCAUCUCAAGUUUUUGUUGAAUUUUGAGAAGAGGAAAUUAUAGCAAAGGUUUUUGGAGUUUUCUGCUAGCUUGGUUUUGUUCAAAUUAUCAACAAGAUGAUGAGGUGUAGAUGAGUCCAACAAAGCUAGCAAGUGAGGAUUUUUUUCUGUAAUAUUUCUCUUUGUAUAUUUUCUGGAUAAGCUAUAGGAUGCCUUUUGAAAUAAUGAACCAAAGGGGUGUUACUGCUUCAUCCCAUCUUUAUGAUGAUGUUUCCUAUGCUUCUGAGAGGAAUGAUGGAUUACGGAAGUCGGAAUCCAUUCAUGAUGAUCAUCCACAAGGAAAGGGUGAAAUUGCAGCUUCACCUGGAGGCAUUUUGCAUACUUCAUCAACCCUCGAAAGAAAUGCAAAAACAGGCUUGCCCAUGUCACAGACUAGUCUAUCUGGGGAAAUUUCGGAAAACAUACACUUUGGUGGACAAGCUGGCAUUGUAGAUGUGCUGAAGGAUUCGAAGGAAUCGUUGAAUUAUCAUCCAAGAUUAUGGUCUGAUGUGCAUAGGCAGCCAACAUCUAGCUCGUAUGGUUUAAUUGGGAACAAGAUUUUCACCAAUGCAAGCUCACGUGAAAGUAGUCUAUUCUCAAGCUCGCUGUCGGAUAUGUUUAGCCAAAAGUUGAGGUUAUUGGGAAACAAUAAUGUUGGUUUUCAUCCUGAGGAAGAACCAUACAAAUCUCUUGAAGAAAUUGAGGCUGACACUAUAGGGGAUCUCCUUCCUGACGAAGAUGAUUUGUUUUCCGGCGUCACCGAUAAUUUAGGAAGCAGUGCGCAUGCCAAAACAACUGAUGAUUUUGAAGAUUUUGAUCUGUUCAGCAGUGGCGGAGGCAUGGAGUUGGAAGGAGAUGAACUUCUAGUUUCAGGGAAAAGAAUCUGUGGCUUGGAAUUGGAUGGAGAUUCUGCUUACUUUGGGGGUUCUAAAGGCAAAAGUCCUUUUGGUGAACAAUCUUCUAGAACACUUUUUGUUAGAAAUAUUGCUAGUAAUGAAGAAGACUCGGAGCUAAAGGCUCUAUUUGAGCAAUAUGGAGAUGUCCGAACCAUUUAUACUGCCGGAAAGCAUCAAGGGUUUGUUAUGGUUUCAUAUUAUGACCUAAGGGCUGCACAAAAUGCAAUGAAAGCACUUCAAAAUAGGUCAUUGAAUUCUAGGAAUCUGGAUAUACAUUAUUCAUUUCCAAAGGGAAAUGCUUCAGAGAAGGAUAUUAGCCAUGGUACACUGAUGAUAUCUGGUCUUGAUCCAUCUGUUUUGAAAGACGAGCUAAAACAUAUUUUUGGGCUUUAUGGAGAAAUCAAAGAAAUCUAUGAAUAUCCAGAAAUGAAUCAUAUCAAAUAUAUUGAAUUUUAUGAUGUUCGAGGUGCAGAAGCUUCUCUCCGUUCAUUGAAUGGGAUCUGCAUUGCUGGGAAACACAUCAAGCUUGAACCUGGCCAUCCUAAGAAUGCAACACGUAUGAUGAAGCCGUCUCAAAAGGGACAAGAUGAACCUGAUCUUGGUCAUAAUCUCAAUGACAUCUUGUUUUUAAGACAGAAGGGAGUGGCUACUGGAGUUAUUGCAUCUGGUGGAAGCUUGGAAAAUGGAUAUAAUCAUAGAUUCCAAUCUGCAUCACAGCUGCCUUUGAAUGCUUUCAUUGAUAACACAAUUUUUCACAGUAUUUCCAACACCGCAAGAGGGGCAUCUGCUGUAACAGUACCUGGUGCCCGUGAGUCCAGUAACGCUGUUGAUGCAAUGAAAUUUGGAUCUAUUCCAAGAUUCCAUCCUCAUUCUUUGCCUGAGUAUCAUGAUGGUUUAGCUAAUGGUAGUCCUUACAAUUUGUCAAAUACCAUUAAAAUGGCUGCCAAUAUUGGAAAUGGAUCCACAGAAGCAUCUGAUAGAAGGCACAUUCAGGGAAUGAGCUCAACUGGGAACUUGGCAGAAUUUAAUGCAGGAGGAAAUGGGAGUCUUCCUCACCAUCUUUAUCAUAUGUGGAAUGGCUCAAACUUGCGUCAGCAAUCUCCAUCAAAUGCUAUGGUUUGGCAGAAAACACCAUCCUUUGUUAAUGGUGCUGGUUCUCCAGGUCUUCCACUGAUGCCCAGCUUUCCCAGGUCACCGGCUCAUGUGCUGAGAGCAUCACAUAUAGACCACCAUGUUGGAUCAGCACCAGUUGUUACAGGAUCACCCUGGGAAAGACAACAUUCUUACUUGGGAGAGUCUCCUGAUGCUCCUGGUUUUAGACUGGGUUCUCUAGGAAAUGCAGGUUUUCAUGGUAGCUGGCAAUUGCAUCCUUCAGAUCUUUCUAGCAACAUGUUUUCUCAUGUUGGUGGGAAUGGUAAUGAUUUGACAUCCAGUGUUGGGCAGGGCUCUCCUAAGCAGUUGUCACAUGUCUUCCCUGGGAGACUUCCCAUGACUUCAAUGUCAAAAUUUGAUUCUACCAAUGAUCGGAUGAGAAACCUCUAUCAUCGUCGAAGUGAAGCAAACAAUAACAAUGCUGAUAAAAAGCAAUAUGAACUCGACCUAGGCCGCAUAUUGCGUGGGGAAGACAACCGAACAACACUUAUGAUCAAAAAUAUUCCCAACAAGUAUACUUCAAAGAUGCUUCUUACAGCCAUAGAUGAGAGUUGUCGGGGAACUUAUGAUUUUCUGUAUUUGCCAAUUGAUUUCAAGAACAAAUGUAAUGUCGGCUAUGCAUUCAUCAAUAUGACUGAUCCUGGUCAAAUAAUUCCAUUCCACCAGGCUUUUCAUGGAAAAAAAUGGGAGAAGUUUAACAGUGAAAAGGUAGCCGUACUUGCAUAUGCUCGAAUUCAAGGAAAAUCUGCUCUUAUUGCUCAUUUCCAGAAUUCAAGUCUGAUGAACGAAGAUAAACGUUGCCGCCCUAUUCUAUUCCAUACAGAUGGUCCAAAUGCUGGUGAUCCGGAGCCUUUCCCCUUGGGCGCCAAUGUUAGAGUAAGGCCGGGAAAAUUACGUAAUUGUGGCAGCGAGGAGAGCCGUAUUCAAGGGAAUUCUUCAACUUUGGCAAGUGCAGAGGAGUUUGCUAGUGGAAUACAUUCUUCACCAAGUUCUUCAAGAGACACUGACUGAUUUAGCCUCAAGCACUAACAGUUCAAUGCUGCAUGCCAUGUCAACUCCAUCAUUGUAUAUUUACAUCUUUGUGUUUGUGUGUGAAAGAAAAGAGUUGGAGCAGCCGGUAGGUAAGAGGGGCUCACAAUUUUGGACUUAUAGAGGAGCCUUGAAAAAGUUUUUGAAGGUCGAGGAAGGUACAUAACCAGAAUGAAAUCAAAGAUUCUAGUAUUUUCUUUAUUUACCGAAAUUUUUGCGUGGAACCAUGCUAAGUACCAUCUUACAAAUUUAGAGAGACUUGCUUAACUGAAGCUUAAAUUUUUGGCUAGCUUUGAAUGCACAAUUUGCAGUUCCCUUGAGAUGACAGUACACAUCAGUGUCUUUCAAGGGUGCUUUGCUCAUUUUGUUUUCAUUAUUGUUGUUUCUGAUGUUCAUAUGUAAUUUUGUAUCCUUAUAUCCCCUGAUCAUUGGCGACCAUCUUUAUAGGAUUUUUGUCUAUAUAUUGGGAUUGUUGAGGGAAGUUAAUUAUUUAAUUGGAACUUUCGUUUAGAUUUGUA